AUACUUCUGCAAGUGACAGCUCCAGCUGACCGUUUCAAAUUUUUCUCAUCCCAAAACGAAGAAAAACAAAAAGUUUGUCCAUAGUUCUCCCCCAAAAAAAAAACAACAUAAACAAAAAUUCAUCAAGUUUUUUACCAUCAAUUAAUCGUCCAAAUUAAAAAUUGCAUAAAAAUGUCAUCCCAACAAAACAAAUGCAAUUCAAAUUCCUUCAAUCUAUUCGAUAUUAGUUGGGAAGAUGUUCUAUUUCCCAAAUUAGCAAUUCAUUUAUCAUUAAAAGAUUCCUUCAACCUACGCUGUUGUUCGAGGACAUCGAAAAAAUUCAUUGACGAAUCAUUUCGUUUUAAAAAAGUUAUCAAUUUUGCUGGAAAUAAUUCAACCAAUAUUAAUUUAGCUUUUGCCGUACUUGCGCAAAACUGUCACAAGCUAGAGCGUCUUUAUUUGGCCAAAUGUGAAUGGCUUGUUGACGAUCUAAUGUUGAGUGUUUUGUCUAGAAAUAAACGUCUUAAAGUUGUUAAUUUGAAUGAAUGUGUUCGAUUGACACCAUUGUCAUUGCAACCAAUCAUAAUCAAUUGCAAACAGUUGCAAGUUUUGAAUCUUUCGAAAUGCGAUUGGUUGACAACGGGAACUGUUGAUGCUUUGACACUGCAUCAAAAUAACAUUGAAGAGUUUGAUAUAUCUCAUUGUUCGACAAUUGGCGAACGUUGUUUGGUUAUAUUCUUCCGGAAGAUGAAUAAGCUAACCAUUCUUUCGUUGGCCUUCUCCCAAAGUGUCACCAACAAUGUCUUGAUACAAAUUGCCAAUUUUUGCAAGUCACUGGAGCAUAUAAAUUUGUCUGGAUGCAGUGCCAUCUCAGAUCAAGGAGUACAAACUAUAACCAUGGGAUGUCCAAAUCUAAAAUCCCUAAUGGUUCAACACUGCCCCGGAGUAACGGAAAGAGUUCUGGCACCUUUGCGUGGUCGAAUCCACAUAGAUCGCCCCACACAAUGCUACAACCUGCUGGGAUUAGCCCAACGGCUUCGAGUCCAGGUUUGAAGUCCCUCAAACCUCUCUAGCCCCAAUAAUUAGCAAUAAAUUCAACAAAAAACCAGGAUCGAAUUCGUUGUAUACACAAUAUAUUGUGUACCUUAUCUACUUUCGUUUUCUUAUAUAUUUUAUUUAUUUUUAUCUUAUGUGUAUGGCAUAUUUAUAUAUAAUAAAAAAGAAAAAAAAAUCAAGUAC